AUGCCGCCUCUCACUGAGCUACCAAUGGAUAAAAAGGCAAAGCCGGUUCCAAAGCGGAAGAAGCCCGGCGAGCGCCCUUUCAAGCCCACGAGGCCAAUUCGCCGUGUUGAGAGAAGCUAUUCCCGCCAUAAGAGGGAUGAAGUUGUCAUGUUCCUUAGCCAUUACCAAGUUUUCGAUCCAAGCGUGUCACAGGCCAACGAGCAAGGCUAUCGCGCUCCCUCUUAUGCCGACGCUGCCAAACACUUCGGCAUCCCGAGGACAACUAUCGCCCGCUGGGCCAAAGUCCCCCGCCUUGAUGAGGAGGCAAAAAAACGUGUAUCUGGUGCCGUUGAGCCCAACAAGAAUACCAAGGGGAGCUCCGGCAAGAAGAGGACGAUUGGCGACUGCAGUCCAUUGCACGAGGUCAAGGGCGUCGAGGGGACGGAUCUUGAGCACAUCGAACCAAAGGACUAUCUCGGAGACCGAUUGGUCGACGAGGCCCACGAGAACGAGAAAGUAGAGUCCGACGAGGAGGCCAAGGAGAGUAAAAAAGCUGCACAAGAAGUCGCGCAGGGGAGCGACGGGGAUUCCCAUGGCGCCGGGGACAAUGGCAAGGACGACAUUGACAGGACUGCGGACGAGGCCAAGAGUGAGUAG